GACGCAAUUAACAACGAUUUUCCCGAACCUCUCCCCAGCCCCCACCAUCUCGGCCCACCUUAUCGGUCUGUGUUCCUAGGCUUGGACAAACAGGAUUUAGGGAAAGCAAACUCGAGAUGUACUCCCCUAUCCUUCUACGUGAUCUGCACCUUUAAACUUACUCCAUUCCAAAGCGGACCCCGGAGGCACCGCCCACAUCCGUCUAACAUCACUUCCUUCAGUGUUUGGUGGGGGGAAAGAAAAAAAAAAGGAAAGAAAUCUGGGAACCGGAGGGGUUGGGCUGAGCGGCGAUUGGAGACUGGAGCGGACCCUCUGCUAGGAAGCCUGUGUUCCCUCAGUCCGGUGGCCCUGCAGCUACCACCGUGGAGAUGUCGCUUCGUUUCGGGGCCACCUGUUUGCUGUGCUUCAGUUUCCUGAUCCUCAUCACUUCUUCAGACGGACGCACUGGGCUUGGAAAGGGUUUUGGAGAUCAUAUCCACUGGAGGACUUUAGAAGAUGGGAAGAAAGAAGCAGCGGCAAGUGGCUUGCCCCUGAUGGUGAUCAUCCAUAAGUCUUGGUGUGGAGCUUGCAAAGCUUUAAAACCCAAAUUUGCAGAAUCUACAGAAAUUUCAGAACUGUCCCAUAAUUUUGUUAUGGUAAAUCUGGAGGAUGAAGAGGAACCCAAGGAUGAAGAUUUCAGCCCUGAUGGGGGUUAUAUUCCACGCAUCCUUUUCUUGGAUCCCAGUGGCAAGGUGCGGCCUGAGAUCAUCAAUGAGAGUGGAAACCCCAGCUACAAAUAUUUCUACGUCAAUGCUGAGCAAGUUGUUCAGGGGAUGAAGGAAGCUCAGGAGAGGCUGACAGGUGAUGCCUUCAGAGAGAAACACCUUCAAGACGAGCUGUGACGUGAAGGAGUGUUCUGGAAGAAAAGCAGCAGGGAGGGAAUCCCGAGGAAUCACCCAGAACAGUUAAACACCAGGAAACCGAGCUUGUCCCUACACCGGAAGGAGUUCUCACUGUGGAAGAGGCAUGCUGACGAAGCUGGUCUGUGCAUCCAGCAGCAUGGCCAACCGUCUUCUGCUCCCUCUCUCCUGAAAUAUCCAUUCCUUUGAAUGUAAAGGAUGAAACUCUGAUACAAAACUUGAGCCACUUACUCCGUGUCAGUAUUUGAGUCUUUACCCACUUUCUUCUACUGAAUUCAUGCCGAAGUGAACGGAGAUGGGAUGUAUCUUUUCUAUAAUGUUUUUUAAGAAGACAUUCUCCUUUUCUCUUGGUGAUAAUCCCGGGCUUCUUCCUGAAAUUUUGUGCCCUCUCUCUGCUCAGGCCUCCCUGUUCGCAUGAAUGUGUGUCAAGAAUGGCCAUGUGCUGGGACUCAGUCCAGCUGGAAGCAUGCUUUCCCUGUUGCUGUUAGAGACACUCAAUCCUUCAAGCCCUAUGUGAGCCAUUUUGUCAAUUCAUCAACUGUAUUUUUGUACUGGGGUUAAAACAAAAACAAGAGAUAUUAAUUAUUUCAUUAAGCUUUAAUAAAACUUUAAACAGAAA